GCAGACGGGUCUGAUUGUUCGAUCGAGCCCAAAGCCACCAGCCGAGAAAGAAGAACCGCCGAAAGCUAGCGUCGCCGAGUCCUCGCCAUUAGCCACAACAGUCGAGACCAAAUCGUCCAGAAGCUCGGGCGCCAGACGGCCGAACUCGGCUGCGGCAAGGACUCCCUGUGCGAAGUAGAUAUGAUAACAAUCCAGUGGAAGGGUUCGUCGGAGUCGAGAAUUUCGAGAGCAGCUCGGCGCUCGACGGUGCCAAAGACUGCCAGGAAGAGUGAGUUUGAGUCUGACAUCGAGACCCCAACAUCGUCUCAAGGACGUCGGGCUGGGCUGCUAGAGUCACGAAGAGUGCAGUGGGCAAGACUAUCAUCGGCGGCACCAUUUGCGAAGAACGGAGAUGGGGCGGAGUCGAGGAAUCUCGUGGGUUCGCGAUUGGUUUCGCGUUGCGAGAUUGAAGUCUCGCCGAAUAGGAGAAGCGUGAGAAUGGAGCAGCGAUCCGCGGCAGUUGUCAUCGUCGUGGCGAGGUUGGAGAAGAAGCGCGGAGGCGGGAUCCCUUGCUCGCAGCCGAAGAAGACGGCGGUGCGAAUCGCGCAGGUGCCGCGAUCUGCUCUAACCCCAGUGGAGACGAGAAGCGUCAGGUUGGAACUUCCUCCUAGCCUCCUGAAGAACUCAUUGCUGGAGAUAGACCUGGAGACGGGGGCGGAGUCGGCCUGGUCGCCGUGUCACCGAAGAGAUUGUGCGUCGGCUAAGGGAUAGAAGAAGAAGCAGGGCGACAGCGGCGCAAAGCCUAGGUCACUUCUCUUGACCCACGCAUGCUCAGCAGAGCACGACCAAUGCCAACUGAGCCAACUGUUUCGGUUCGUGUCUCUAGAUGGGCCAAUCGAAAUGGGUCGCGCUCUGUAUGACCAGCCAAGCCCGCAGUUGAGGUGGGUCGAAGCAGGCCGGAGUCAUGGGUUGGUCUGGGGAAAGAAAAGGGUUGGGCUCAAAUCGAGCCAAAAAGAGUGGCUAAGCGGGCUUAAAGGGAGUCCACUGGUUAAGUCUGCUUUGUUUAGUAUUGGGCCGAAAUCAACAGGUCCACUGACC